GAUUCAGGGUUUAACGUUGUAGGAGGAAGCAACUGAUGGGUUUUACUUCUCCAUUGCAACGCCUCUAAUUCUCUUCUGUGCUCUCUGGAAUCUCUGAAACGAGGUUCUGAGACUCGCUAAUCUGAGUUAACCAGGACGAUUUCGACUCACAAAUGUACAGAAAGAGAGCUACACUCCUCACCAUCAACUCUGUUACAUUCGCAGCCUUGUCUGAGGUACGUAGAUCACGCAAUUCCUUGUAUUCUAUUAAAGCCUUUGGGUUUGUGAGAAAUCUCAGCACUGCAACUGAAAGAUUUGAUUUUCAAAACCCUAAUGGGUCUACUGGUGAAAAAUGUGUAGAAUAUCAACAAAACCCUAGCGGGGUUUAUGGUGAAAAUCCAAACCAUGUAGAGUUUCAGCAAAAUCCAAAUGGGUUUUAUAAGGGAAACGCAAUAGGGGUUCAGAAAAGCCCUAGAAUUGGAUUUCAAAAUAACCCUGUUGGGCAAAAUGGGAAUUUUUCUAGUGGGUAUUGUAGAGAAAGCAACAGAAAUGAAUUUCAGGGGAACCCAAUUGAGCAAAAGGGGAACUUUAGGAGUAAUUAUGGUGGAUAUAACAUGGAGAGUUUGGGGACUUCACUGAAAAGUUCAAAUGGGUUGUCUGGAGAGCACAUGAGUGUACAAAAUCCAUAUGGGUCUUAUAGAGAAGGGCAAUUAGUAGUUCAACAGAAUCCAAAUGGAUUUCAUGGACAGAGUAAGUUAGGGUUUUCAGGAAGAGUGAAUGGGCAUUAUGGAGAAAGUGUUGGACAAUUUCAGCGGAGUGCAAGUGAUGAUUACUCAGGAAACACUGGAGUGUCUCAGCAGAAGACAAAUAACUACUCCCUGGGAAACACGAGAACUACCCAACAAAGUCCUGAUAACUAUUACUCGCGAGGCACCGAAAUGUCUCAGCAGUACCCACACAACUAUUCCAGGAGCAAGGAUGGAACUAAUUGGCAAAAUCCAAGUGUGAGUGGUCAUUACUCAGGAAACACUGGAGUAUCUCAACAAAACCCAAUUAACCCUUACAUGGGAAACACAGGAAUGACCCAACAAUACCCUGGUAACUAUCGCCCAGGAAGCACCGGAAUAUAUCAGCAUGGCACGGGUACCCAGUAUGCAGGCAGCGAUGGAGUGUACCAGCAAAGCACAAGUGGGUACCUUGGAGAGAGUGCUGGAACUCCAAAUAGGUAUGCAAUGCAAAAUAUUGGAGAAGAUCGUCAGAACCCGAGUGGAAUUUACAAUGCUAAUACUAAUGCUGGGACUUACCAGAAUAUGUCAAACGAGUUGCAGAGUGGAAUGAUGGAUUCUCAAGUAUCAAAUGAUUAUAAAGCUGGUGGAGAAUCAGUUGAAGCUGCAGAAAGUAGACAAUAUAGUGGCACUGUUGAGGAGUUGGAUGGUUUUUGCAAGGAGGGCAAACUAAAGGAAGUUGUGGAAUUGUUGGGAUUAUUAGAGGGGAAGCAUAUCCCAGUGGAUUUGCCCCGAUACCUAAUGUUGAUGAAGGCAUGUGGGGAGGCCAAAGCUCUACAGGAAGCAAAAUAUGUUCACGAGCAUCUCAUGAGAUCAGUUUCCAUUCCAGAAGUCAGCACUUAUAACAGGAUCCUAGAGAUGUAUGGAAAAUGUGGUUCCAUGGAUGAUGCAUUUACAGUGUUUGAUAAAAUGCCACGGCGCAAUCUGACUUCUUGGGACACCAUGAUAACUUGGCUUGCCAAUAAUGGUCAUGGAGAGGAUGCUAUUGAAUUGUUCACUCAAUUCAAGAAAGCAGGACUGAAACCUGAUGGGGAAAUGUUUUUUAGGGUCUUUUCUGCUUGCAGUGUCUUGGGGGAUGUAAUUGACGGAAUGUUGCACUUUGAAUCUAUGAGAAAGGAUUAUGGCAUUGUUCCAUUGAUGGAGCAUUAUGUGAGUGUAGUGGACAUGCUCGGAAGUGCAGGGUAUUUGGAUGAAGCGUUGGAGUUCGUUGAAAAAAUGCCAGUGGAACCGAGUGUAGAAGUUUGGGAAACUUUGAUGAAUCUUGGUAGAGUUCAUGGGAACACAGAGCUUGGCGAUCGUUGUGCUGAGCUUGUUGAGCUCAUGGACCCCUCUCGCUUGAAUGAGCAAUCGAAGUCGGGCCUUAUACAAGUGAAAGCUCCAGACCUUGCAAAAGAAAAGGAGAAGAAGAAAUUGGCAAAUGAAAAUCUUCUUGCAGUCAGGAGUAGGGUUCAUGAGUAUAGAGCUGGAGACAGAUCUCACCCUGAGAAUGAUAGGAUCUAUGCACAACUUAGGGGGAUGAGGGAGCAGAUGAAAGAAGCUGGUUAUGUGGCAGAGACUAGAUUUGUGCUCCAUGACAUAGACCAAGAAGGUAAAGAGGAAGCUCUUCUUGCUCAUAGCGAGAGACUUGCUGUUGCUUAUGGUUUCCUAACCACCCCUGCUCGUGCGCAAAUUCGGAUAAUCAAGAACCUUCGUGUUUGUGGUGACUGCCAUAGUGCAUUGAAGAUCAUUUCAAAGCUGGUUGGCAGGGAACUUAUCAUACGAGAUGCUAAGAGGUUUCACCAUUUCAAAGAUGGAUUGUGUUCUUGCCGUGAUUAUUGGUGAAUGAAUCCUUUUGAGAUACAUUUAAUUUAGAUCUUACCAGAAAAAAGAACCACAAGCAUGCCUUACAAGGAAACUGAUGAGGAGAGUGAUAAAGUGCACGUAUGAAGCAUCUUGCAAGCGACUUAAAUUUUUUCAUGAGGUUUGAAUAGCCUGAGCCUUUUGCAUUUGCAUUAAUGGCGAGGUGAAUAGUACUUAGAUGUCAUGCAGCGAGGUUCUGAAUUAUUUAUUAACCUGCUGUUUGGAAACUUAUUAUUUCUUGGUCUAGUCACUAGCCUGAUAUAAUUUAUUAACCUGUUGUCAAUAUAUUGAAAACUCUUCAAUUUAUAUUACGAGUAUACAUGAUUCGAAUCCGAAGUUCAGAGAUGAUCAUUGCUUGCCUGUGAACUUGUUAUUGUUACCAUAUGUGGAAUGAAUGAGAAUCAACUUUGAA